AUGGUGAAAUACUUUAUGAAAUGUACUUUAUUGUUAUUUCAAUUUAUUGUAUUUAUGUUUCAGGCAUUGUGGACAGAGGACGGACAUUGCCUGGUCUAUCCUUGUCAUGCAGUGGUUGUAGCCAUGAAAAUAUCAAAUGGUCAUCAGAGAUUCUUUAUUGGACAUACUGACAAGGUAUCUGCGAUUGCUAUGACAGGCAAUUCUGAGUUAUUGGCUAGUGGUCAGACAGGACAGCUCAGUGUGGUUAGAAUCUGGAGAGUAUUGACUGGAGAAUGUCUGGCUCUUUGUAAAACACACGCACAUUCAUUAUCAUGUCUGAGCUUUUCCCAUAAAGGCAGUAUCUUAUGUGGGGUUGGAAAGGACAACCAUGGAAAAAAUAUGGUUGUGAUAUGGAACACGAGUAAAGUUAGCAAGACAAGGGAGGUAACAGUGAUGGCCAAGGCACAUACUGAUGUGGAUAUCUGCAGAAUGAGAGUAGCAGCAUUUGAUGAUACAAGGAUGGUUUCCUGUGGUCGAGACAAUAUACGGUUAUGGAGAGUGAAAGAAGGAUCGCUGAGAUCUGCUCCUGUCAGUCUAGGGGAGUAUCACAAUAUGGAGUUUACCGAUGUUGCUUUUGAAGCUGGGUACCACACAAACAAAGAUCCAGCUGACAGAAUUGUUUAUGCAUGCAGCAGGUCAGGCCAUAUAUUUGAGAUAGACAUUAAAAAAGUUUGUGUACAACAUGUAAGGAGACUUUUACCUAAUGAGUCAAGGUCGGACAAAGAUAAACAAACAUUCAGAUCAGGUCCAGGUAUUGCCAUCAACUGUAUGUCAAUCAACGAAACAUUUUGUGUGACGGGAUCUGAUGAUGGAUUUAUGAGGUUGUGGCCACUGGAUUUUGCCCAUGUUUAUCUGGAAGCGGAGCAUGAGGGACCAGUCACAGCUGUAGAUUUCUCCUCAGAUGGUCUCAAGAUUCUAGCUAGAACUGUUCAGGGAAACCUUGGUAUGUUAGAUAUAACGUCUCGAGGAUAUACAACAUUGAUGCGUUCACAUACGGGCAGUAUACGGAGCGUAGCUGUAAAUCCAUAUAGAAAACAUAUAGCUACAGUGUCAGAAGACAACACAGUCAGAGUGUGGGAUUCUGAAACAUUACAGCAGUUGUAUGACUUCAGUGCUCCAAAUGAGUGUCCCUGUACUAUCAGCUACCAUCCAUCGCGGCAGAUCUUCGCUUGUGGAUUUGAGAGUGGUGUUGUACGAGUGUUUAAUGUUCAAACAACAAGUCUGCUGGCAGAACACAAACAGCACAGAGGGAAGGUGACAGGCCUCUCAUUCAACCCUAAUGGAGAUUAUCUGUACAGCUCAUGUUCUCUUGGUUCUCUGGCCAUGUAUGAUGCAUCAUCUGAAGGCUAUCCACUCCUACGUCUCCUCGGUAACACUGUUGCCAGGGGAGAGAGGUACUGCCCUGAUGCCCUCGCUGUGAAUUCUGAUGGAAGACGCGUAGCAUUUAUAGGGCCGUCUGAAUACACAGUCACCAUUGUAGAUUCUAAGUCCUUGGAUGAGACAAUGAGGAUUGAUGUUUCAAGUAUAGGGCAGAGUGGGAAAUCAAGAUUCAAUGUAUGGUUAUAUUUUUCUGUUACAGAUGAUAUAGAAUCAGUUUCAUCAGAGAAAGAGCCUGUCUUAGCAGCUGCACCUAGACAACAAGAGAGAAUAUCUAACAACCAGUCUGUUGAUGAAUACUUAGAACCAGAUCUAAAACAGAGAAUAAACAAAUUGCAUCUUAAAAUUAAAAGGAUGCCAUGUAAGCAGGCAGCACCUACGGGUAUGACACCCAGAAAGAAACACACAGAAACAGAAAUAACUAAACCUGGAGCAUUUAAACAUUUUGUUCAGAGAGAGAAAAAACAUGCAAUGGCGCAGAGAAGAUAUACAGCCCCUCCAAGUCAGGCUGGUAUCAGACUUAGAUCUGUGAUAGGAUAUAAUGGUAAUGCCAGAAACAACAUGGUCUGGCAUCCUGAUACUGGUCUGUUUGUAUACACAACUGGUAACACUAUUAUUAUAGAAGACCUUAACAACAGUUCACAGAAACACCUGGCUGGGCAUAUAGAGGAAAUAUCAACUUUAGCACUGCAGAAUGAUUGCCAGACACUGGCUUCAGCCAGUGGUAGUUUUGAGAUGUCUGGCAGUCAGAUAUGUAUAUGGGACUUACAGUCACUGGUCUGUAAGAAGGUCCUGUCCCAUCACGAGUUUGAUAUUGUUUGUCUGGCUUUCUCCAGAGAUGAUAAAUUUCUUGUCUCUGUCGGGGACUAUAGAGAUUGUACAAUAGUUAUCUGGAGUACACAUAAUUACUGUAUCCUGACUACAUCAAAGGCAGCUAGUCCAAUCCAUGACCUAUGUUGGGAUCCAUACACAGUGAACGAGUUCUCGUCCGUAGGCCAGAAUGGUACAGUAUUGUUCUGGUUACUGGAUGAGACAACGUCAAACAUCUGUCUUAAUGUGCAUGAAGGAGAGGUGCCAGAUGAUCUUCUUUAUGUCAAGGGAUCUGGUAUGAAGAAAGAGUGUGUAGAGUUUACGUGUAUUGUGUAUGCUGGGGACAGCACCUUGUACACAGGAACCAGUAACGGUAAAGUUGCAGCCUGGGAUACCAACAACAACAGCUGCUUUAUGCACUGGGAAGCUGAUAGCUCAGAAAUAGAUGUAAUUAUAAACAGAGGUAAUUUAUUGUUGACCGGUAGUGAGGGAAAGAAUGUGUGGGUGUGGUCAGUGGUGGGUGUAGGGGAGAUGAGGCUCCCUGGGGAAAUGUAUAAUAUGCGCACGGGAGGUCUGACCAUGGAAGACGAGAUGAACUUAGAUGGUGCUAUAGUAUCUGCUGCAUUUGACGAGGCAAUGGACAUGGGUAUUGUGGGAACAUCAGCUGGUACCUUGUGGUACAUUAACUGGGGUGAGAGAACAAGUAUCAGACUGGUAUCCAGCCAUAUGAACAAGGUAAAUGGAUUAUCACUGUGUAACAAUGAACUGUUGGCGUCGUGUGCUGACGAUGGUAGUUUAUGAGUAUGGGCUAUCAGUGACAGGGAACAGGCACUACAGUUCCAAGUCAAAGAUCAGUCAUGCACUUGCCUAAGUUUUGCUCCCAUGUCAUCAGUAAUGUUAAACCGGGUAAGCGGGUCAUCAGAUAUAGCUGCCAGCUCACAUCAGAAGAAAGAUCAGUUACCGAACAUUGCUGCUGGUUACAGUGAUGGUACGGUGCGGAUGUUUGACGUCAACAAGGUGGAGAUGGUACUCAAGAUGCAUCCACAUGCUGUUGCUGUGACGGCCAUCAGCUUCUCAUCAGAUGGUACAAUGAUAAUCUCAAGUGGGAGUGAUGGUUUGAUAGCAGUGAGUAGUCCUACCACAGGUAUGACAGUCAGAGUGAUUAGUGACCAUAAAGGAGCACCUAUAACUAAUAUAGAUGUUACCAAUAAACAGGACCAGGAUGUUGGAGUAUCUGCCCCUCUGCUUUGGUUGGCUACAAGUGCAGAUAGGCGUGUCAGUGUGUGGAGUGCUGAUUGGUCGAAAGAUUUCUGCGAGCUUGUUGAUUGGCUGACAUUUCCAGCACCAGCGUUUGGUCCUGAUGGUUCUGUACUGCCAAAGAAUGAUCAGGCUGUAUACAGUCAACUACCAUCAAGUAUUGCCAGAUUUUCCCCAGAGGAACCAGACAUCAUUGUGUAUACUGGGUAUGGCAUGCAGAAAAACAUGCAGUUUUACAGUCUCUCACAGAGAAAGGUAUUGAGAACUUUAGCAUUAACACACUGGUGCCGAAGCUUAGACCUUGUUGCCGAGUGUCCUCUAAUAGCUAUUGGAGCUAAUGAACGUCUGUUGAAAUACUGGACUAUUUUGAGGGCAGUUUUCAGGACUUUAUUGGACAUAAUGAUAAGAGUGCAGGCGGUGAAAUUCUCACCAGAUGGAAAAUACUUAUUCUCUGCCUCACAUGCUGAAAUAUUCAUCUGGGAUGUUACCCUGUGAUAUUAUAUGAAUGUUACUCUGGGAUGAUACACUGUGAUAGUUUGAAUGUUACUCUAGGAUGUUACCCCCGAGACACAUUUAAUGUUACAGACUGGAAUCUCUGGUUUUACAUUAUAUGUUUAUGGGAUGAUACACUUGUGUUGUAAGCUAGAAAUGAGAAAAUAUGAAAUCCAUCUUCUUGAUGAGUAAUGGGGUCACAAUGUUCGAGUAAAAAGUAGGGAAAGUUCACUAAUGGGGUAACAUAUUUCUUGUUGAAUUACUGAAUCAAGAAGGCUUGAAAUAUUAAAUGUAAUUAUAAAGCUUCAGCAUGAUGUUGAUCACAACUUGAAUCAUGUGGUCACAGAAGCUUGAACACAUCAUAUAAAUGGAAUAAAGCAGAAAAUGUGACAUUUAUCGUUAUGGGAAUGAUGGGGAUACAAAGUAAAAAUUUGAUGAAAUAUAAACCUACUAUGUGACAUGAAUCCUGUUGGGAAUAAUGACAUGGCCUGUAGCUAGAAGAUACUUAAGGGUGAGGAAAGCAUGGCAUUUUUAGUAUUUCCUGUACAAAAUAAGGCAUUCCAGUAUUCUGUGAUAUGUUGAGUGCUAGAGUGACUACUUAAUUUGUGCCUAUUGUAAUGAAUUUAUCAUCUGAAAUGUAUGUGUAUUCUUGGUGUUAGAAAAAUUGUGCUUGUUGUAAUGUCUUCUACAAACUAGUAGUUCUAAUGCACACAAAGCCAAAUGUUUAGUCACUUCACACAGAAGUUCUGCUUAAACUAUAAAUUUAUAUUUUCAAUUCUAACUAAACCCAUUUCUUUUUCCCAUAAAUCAUUGAAGCCUGAAAGUAUGACAUUAUUAUGGGAUAAAAUAAUUGUGUCAUAGUGGUGCCCUGAAAAUGAAUCGGACACAAUACAGGCAAUUUUUUAGCUCGACUUUUCGAAGAAAAAGUUGAGCUAUUGCACUAACCCCAGUGUCGGUGUCGCCGUUGGUUAGUUUUUGAUAAAGUCAGAUAUCUCUGUUACUAUCAAAGCUAUUGACUUGAAACUUAAAAUAGUUAUUAACUAUCAAAGUCAACACCAGGAGAAACAAUCACCAUAACUCUGGUUUGAAUUUUGACAGAAUUAUGCCCCUUUUUAACUUAGAAUUUUUGGUUAAAGUUUUUGAUAAAGUCAAAUAUCUCUGUUACUUGAAACUCAAAAUAGUUAUUGACUAUCAAAGUCUACACCAGGAGAAACAAUCACCAUAUCUUUGAUUUGAAUUUUGACAGAAUUAUGCCCCUUUAAAACUUAGAUUUUUUUGUUAAAAUUUUUGAUAAAGUCAAAUAUCUCUAUAAUUAUUAAAGCUUUUGACUUGAAACUUAAAAUAUUUAUUUACUACCAAAGUCUACACCAGGAGACCUAGUUCCUAUAACUGUUUGAGUUUUGACAGAGUUAUGUCCCUUUUUUACUUGGAUUUUUUUUUCACUGGCAAAGCUCUAAUUCAGAGUCAAGCACUGAAAAAAGUUGAGCGCGCUGUCUUACGGACAGCUCUCGUUUAUGGAUGUGGUUGAGAAUGUAAAUAGAUAUCCAUGAUAGCUUGUUAAAAUAAAACAUUACUUAUUUCAAUAGUGAUUUUAUUGUUGAAUAAUCUUUGUUGUUCAGAUUGUGGUUGCACCCUUGUGAUAUAAUUUUUUUUGCACAAAGAUUUUAUUUAAGAAAUAAUAAGUUCCCUAGUAUGGUUUAUCAUAGAAUAACCUGUGUUUUGAGUUCUUAUGCAUAAGAAUAUAUCACGAAGGCCAUAGGGUUGAGUGAUAUAUUGUUUAGCAUAAGAAUGAAAAAAUGGUAACUACUUUUUACGACUUGAACUACACUUCGUGCUAUGCACCUGGAUUUGGCUGUUGAAAUUUUUUCCAUAUAUUCUCCCCAUUGCUUCAGGAUUGCAGCAUAUAUAGUGUAACAAAAAAAAAUCAAUGAUAAAAUCACUAUUUGGAAUGAAUCAUUCCUUAGAUAUAAGACUUUCAUCUAGUAUGUAUAUGUAGCACUAGAUUUUUUGCCAAAAUGACAUUUUUCAUCAGAUAGAUUGUUAUUUCUUAUACAAAUUGGUAAUUUAGCAAAUGCUUGCAUUUCUAAAAUUACCAGGAAUAAUACUGCAAGUGUCCUUUAAAAUCUCUUUUUUUAAGUUGAUCAAGAAAUUUAAUGAUCUCGUCUGUACUAGGGGAAUUGUAAGGAUCCUACACAUACACAGUUUUCAGGAGAGGUAUUAAUAUUUUAAUUGCUAGAAAUGUUUAGCUCUAGGAUAGACUUCCUAAAUAAAACUGCUCUUUUUCAGUACAAGAAUUUUAGCAGUAGGUGGAACUGCCGAGUACUCUUGUAUGUGUUUUAACCUUGAAUUUCUUAUAUGAUCAAUUGAAGUUUGAAGCAGAUCUGCUCUUGAAGAAAUUGUUUAUCUACGUUUGUGUACAUUAUACCCGACAGAAAAAUAAUUGGUCUGUUGUAUUUAAUGUUAGAGGAAUACUAUUGUAUUAUGUAAAAAAUAUUACAUUGUAUAUUUAUAUGAGAAAAUCUCAUACUUUCGAAUGUCCGUCCAUUUAUUUAUUUAUAUGCUAAAUAAAGCUAGAAA